AUGCUUUAUGGAGAUGGACCAAUGAUAAUGCGCAUUUCUAGAUACAAUUAUGCAUUCCCAUCAAGAGAUUUUGCAAAUAAAACAGACGCAUAUGCACCAGAAUACAUUAAUUCAAUUCCUAUAGGCGCACCAAUACUAUUUAAGUUAUGCAGAAUAGUUUGCCUCGGUUUUUGGUUGCCAGCUUCAAUGGCAUUUAUUUUACUUACAAAUUGCGUAUGCGCAUUGGCCUUUGAAAGGUUCUUAACAUCAUGGAACAUAGUUCAAUAUCCAGUUACCACUGCUUGCUUGCUAUCAAUUUACCCAGCGUCAUUCCUUAUUAAUCAUUCUACGAUUUCCACAGAUAGUAUUUACAUGACAUGCGUAUUUUUAGCAUUUAUAGGCUACAAACUUCAUGAUACAAAACUUAUGUUUAACUCAAUUUUAGUUGCAUCGUUUUUCGAUAAACAAGCUAUAGUUUUAGCGUUUUCGUUUUUCGUAGUCUUCUUUAAAAACGCACACUACGAUAAUGCAUUUAAAAUGCUAUUUCCAUAUUUAAUUUCUCUUGGUUUUCAUAGCGUAUUUCAAUACUUUUAUUCAAAAAGGAUAUUCGGAUUAUUUACAGCCGGCUUUUUGCAUGAUCCACAAUUUAAAUUCAUUCCAUUUGGAUUUCUUAUAAAAUCAGCUUCAUUUAUUGGAUCUCUUGAAGAAUUUCAUGUAAAUUGGGGAGUUUUCGCUUCAUGUGUAAUAGGAACAGCAUUCUUAUCAAGAUAUUCUGUUGCUCUUCUGAUAUUCCAGAUUGUUACUUUAGCUUUCCAAUCAAUGCAUUACUCUUUGGACAUUGGCCGAUAUUCGAUAGUUUGUGAUGUAUUUUCCGUGCUCGUGGGAUUCGAUGCAUUCAUUAGCAGCAUCAAAUUCAAAAAAGUUAUACCUGCAUUUUCAUUUUUCUUCUUCUUAAUGGGUGCUACGUAUAGUAUUUACAGCAUUGUAGGAAGAGGUCAUAUGAAAGUUCGCCAAUUAUGGUAUGAAAUUUAA